GGCUGAAGAAGUAAACAAAAUCAGCUGUUGCAUCUUUUUGGUUAACACUUUGAGGAACGUCUUUCAUGCUCAAUACAUAAUAAUACUAUGUUAUUUAAACGGUGUUUCUUUACGAAAACAUGUCUAGCUAAGCAAAUACCACGUAAUCUUAAGGGUAAAAGUAAAAGUUCGCAAGAAUGGCUGACUCGGCAACUAGCCGAUCCUUACGUUGAGAAAGCAAGAAUGAUGAAUCUUCGUUGCCGAAGUGCAUUCAAAUUGUUGGAAAUUGAUGACAGAUUUAAAAUACUUAAACCGGGCGACACCGUGCUGGAUUGUGGAGCGGCACCAGGCAGUUGGACGCAAGUAGCAGUGGACCGGACAAACGCCAAUGGCGUCAAAGAAGGCCAAAAGAAAGGUGCAGUUUUUAGCCUAGAUUUGCUGCACUUCCACGCAGUGCCGGGUGCUACUAUAUUUGGCGGCAUGGAUUUUACAAGCACUACAGCACAACAACGCCUGCGAGAUGCUCUAGAAGGGCGGCAUGUGAAUUGUGUACUUUCAGAUAUGGCACCAAACGCGACGGGAGUACGAAUGUUAGAUCAAGAGAAUAUAAUGAGUUUAUGUUAUGCGGUGCUGCGCUUUGCUUUGGCCAUGUCUGCGUUAGGUGGCCAUUUGGUGGUGAAACUGUGGGCAAAUGGUGAUGUACCAAAACUUGAAAAGGAUAUGGAACGAUUUUACGAGCAUGUCAAACGUGUUAAGCCCGUGUCCAGUCGUUCGGACUCUGCUGAAUUCUUCUUAGUGGCACGCCGAUUUAGGGGACUGGAGAAUGCGCUAGAGACGGCAGUUGACGAAAAAAGAUGAUGCUCUAGAGGUGGAUUAAGUAUGAUAAAAAUAUGAGGAAAUUAAAUGGUCUUCACAACAAAAAAAUAUUUCUAUUAGAAAUAUU